AGGAAACUUUCAAAGCUCCACUUGCUAUUACUAAAGGAGUGUCUAUAUUGAAAACUUUCAGAAUGAUUCCAAAUUGAGGUCACCCCAAACCCUUUUUUGUGGCAACCACUGGAAGAAUAUGGCUCAAGGAAAUAUCUGGACUCUGAGCACCCUGAACCAUUCAGAAUGCCACAACAACCCCUCAAUUUGUGGCAUUUCGUUGUUACAUUCUCCAAAUUGAUGCGAGCAUUGAUAUGCAUGCAAAGUUGGUUGAAAGGUGAUGACAUCAUUACUGAUUUUGAGGAUGAACCUUGUCAUGAAGAAUUGGAAUUUUAUGAAGACAUCGAAGAGGAAUUGAGGAAUACAAUGCGUCAGGUCCCUCUUGAAGAAAAUUAUGAACACAUCCAUGUAGUCGAAGAGGGUGAUGAUGUUGGCAAUUUCGGAACACAUCAGCCUGGGUUCACUGGAAGACACUUUUGUUUUAUGUAUAAGCAUUCACUGGAAGACACUUUUGUUUUAUGUAUAAGCAUGCUAGAUCCAUUCUAAUUACUACUGUUUUAAGCAUGUGUCGAGUAACUUAUUGUACUUAACAAUUAAUACGUGUUGACAUUCUUGUAGCAUUUAUUUUCAAUCUUUUUGUUUUCAAUUUUCAUUACUGUCCGAAAAUUAGGAAAAAGUUGGACAAUCCGAAUCUGUUCCGUUAUAUCCCGGUCUCGAAAAUUAUGGGAUAAAGUGGGAUAGGCUUGUGGUUCGAUCCGUUCCGAACCGUUUGAAUAUAACCGGACAGGACGCGGGAUUGUAAGAAACCCGAACCAUCCCGACUCGUGCCCACCCCUAACUCAAACAUGUUUGUCUGGCCAAAAGAAAAUGUUGAAUGGGGU